AUGUGGGAGCGGCACUACUGGGGCGGCGGCCGGCGGCCAAGCUGGGCGCCUGGAGGGGACGGAGCCGGCGCCGGCGGCGUGGUGGUGAUGUUCGCGUGGCUGUCCAGCCAGGAGCGGCACGUGCGGUCGUACGUGGAGCUGUACGCGGCGCACGGGUGGGCGUGCCUCGUCUGCCACUCCGACUUCCUCACCCUGUUUUUCCCUGAGAAGGCUGCCAUGCUCGCAGACAGGGUGAUUGGGGAGCUUGUCAAGGUGCUGAAGAUUACACCUGUACCUGUGGUGUUUGCGUCAUUUUCGGGAGGGCCAAAAGGGUGCACAUACAAGGUUCUUCAGCUAAUCGAGAGAAGAUGUGAAGGGCAACUAAGCCUAGAUGAGUACCAGCUUGUACGAGAUUGUCUAUGUGGACAAAUGUAUGAUUCAAGCCCUGUGGAUUUUGUCAGUGACUUAGGCACUCGCUUCCUCCUCGAUCCAAGUGUCCUAAAGAUGUCUGAACCUCCUCGUGUGUUGUCAUGGAUGACUAAGGGCAUUGCCUCAGGUCUUGACAUUCUUUUCAUAAACAAAUUUGAAGAACAACGUAAAGAUUAUUGGGAAACACUAUACUCAUCAGUGCAUUUUGGUCCAAUACUAAUACUCUGUUCAGAGGAUGAUCAGCUUGCUACAUAUUCAGUUGUUCAAAAGUUUGGCCAGCAUCUGCUAGAGCUUGGUGGUGAUGUGAACCUAAUUAAAUGGCAUAGUUCUCCUCAUGUAGGUCACUAUAAGUUCCAUCCUGAGGAAUACAGAGCUGCUGUGACAGAGCUACUAAAAAAAGCCUCGGUGCUCUACAUGAGCAGAAGACAACUUAACGGAUAUGAUGUGGGCACAAGUGAACACAGUGACACUCCUCCAUCCACCUCCAAUCUACCCAGAACUGAUGCAAGCUCUGUUGGUAGGCUGAGACGAGCACCAAUCGAUCCAACCGACCAGUUUUUUCUACCGAGCUCCAUGGAGUACCAUGAAAGCAGUGAAGGACCGCAACCGGAGAUGUUUAACAUGCCAAGCCUGGAGAGCCUGAGUCUGCAUGGGGUUCUGGGGCAGGUGCUGUAUGAUGUAUGCGUCCCGAAGAAUGUAGAAGGCUGGGACCUCAAGCCUUCCACAUCGAUGAAUGGGAGGCACAUCCAUACUGCUGCGCCUCGGCAUGGUACCUUCAAUCCAAUGAAAUGUGUACGGCGCUCGAGAUUGUGA